GCGCGCGCACCUUAGCUGUUCCGCCUUUUUUUUCUCACUGGUCGCUCGGGCCGGAGGUGACUGUGGCGUCGCAUCCCUCCCCGCAGUGGCCGCCUUUUCCCCGACAUCCCCCUCCCCCGCUCCGCGAAGAUAACUCGAGCCGUCUAUGGCGGGCAUCGGGCCGUGAGGGCGAACGGGGGAGGAAGUUUAUUCUUCCCCCUGGCAUGGCUGGUCGGCGGAGCGGAGGAGGAGGAGCUGCGGCAGCGGCGGGGGGUCCCUUGGGGGAGGUGCUGCAGCCGUUGUCGUCGUGCUGCGGUGGGGGCGUCUCGACCGAGCCGGCCCGCGAGGUCUUCGAAGCCUGCAGGAACGGCGACGUAGAGCGCGUGAAGCGGCUGGUGAGGCCCGAGAACGUCAACAGCAGGGACACGGCCGGCAGGAAGUCCAGCCCCCUCCAUUUCGCCGCAGGUUUUGGUCGGAGGGAUGUAGUAGAAUAUUUGCUUCAGAGUGGUGGUAACGUUCAUGCACGAGAUGAUGGGGGACUCAUUCCACUUCAUAAUGCCUGCUCUUUUGGUCAUGCUGAAGUUGUCAAUCUUCUCUUGCACCAUGGUGCAGAUCCUAAUUCCCGGGAUAAUUGGAACUACACUCCUCUUCAUGAAGCUGCCAUUAAGGGCAAAAUUGAUGUCUGCAUAGUACUGUUGCAGCAUGGUGCUGAUCCAGCUAUCCGGAAUACAGAUGGAAGAACAGCACUGGACUUGGCAGAUCCAUCAGCAAAAGCAGUACUUACAGGUGAAUACAAGAAAGACGAACUGUUGGAAAGUGCCAGGAGUGGGAAUGAAGAAAAAUUGAUGGCUCUUCUCACACCGCUAAAUGUCAACUGUCAUGCAAGUGAUGGCCGAAAGUCAACUCCAUUGCACUUAGCAGCUGGCUAUAACCGUGUUAAGAUUGUGCAGCUCCUCUUACAGCACGGAGCAGAUGUGCAUGCUAAGGAUAAGGGAGAUCUUGUGCCUCUGCAUAAUGCCUGUUCCUAUGGUCAUUAUGAAGUAACAGAACUUCUAGUAAAGCAUGGAGCAUGUGUAAAUGCAAUGGAUCUGUGGCAGUUCACUCCUCUGCAUGAAGCAGCUUCUAAGAACCGAGUGGAAGUAUGUUCUCUAUUGCUGAGCUAUGGUGCUGAUCCUACACUGUUAAACUGCCAUAACAAAAGUACAAUUAACUUGGCCCCAACACCUCAAUUAAAAGAACGAUUAGCAUAUGAAUUCAAAGGUCACUCACUGCUCCAGGCUGCAAGGGAAUCUGAUGUAGGUCGUGUAAAAAAGCACCUCUCUCUUGAGAUUGUAAACUUCAAGCAUCCUCAGACUCUUGAAACUGCCUUGUGCAUGAACACUGCGGGAGAGGCGGAGGAGGAGCUGAGACAGUGUCAGUGCUUGUGCAUGUUAGUAAUGAAGACACUCAGAGGGCUAUGCACAGAAUCUUCAGGGCUGAGGAACAAUUGUCUGACAGUGAGAGAGCACUGUGCUGCUGCAUCUUCAUAUUCCAAAAGAAAACAAGUCUGUGAACUGCUAUUAAGGAAAGGAGCCAAUAUCAAUGAAAAGACAAAAGACUUCCUCACACCUCUCCAUGUGGCAUCAGAAAAAGGUCAUAAUGAUGUUGUUGAAGUAGUCAUGAAACAUGAAGCAAAGGUCAACGCUUUGGAUAAUCUUGGGCAGACAUCUCUGCAUAGAGCAGCACAUUGUGGCCAUCUGCAGACAUGCCGCCUGUUAUUAAGCUCUGGGUGUGAUCCAUCAAUUGUGUCACUGCAGGGUUUCACAGCUUCACAGAUGGGAAAUGAGAGUGUUCAGCAACUAUUGCAAGAGGGUGUCCCUUUAGGCAAUUCAGAAGCAGAUCGACAAUUGUUAGAAGCUGCAAAGGCAGGUGAUAUGGACACAGUAAAAAAGUUGUGUACAGUACAUAGUGUGAAUUGCCGGGAUAUUGAAGGGCGCCAGUCCACACCGCUUCACUUUGCAGCAGGAUACAACAGAGUGUCUGUAGUUGAAUAUCUUCUGCAGCACGGUGCUGAUGUUCAUGCAAAAGACAAAGGAGGUCUUGUCCCUUUGCACAAUGCUUGUUCUUAUGGACACUAUGAAGUGGCUGAACUUCUUGUUAAACAUGGUGCAGUUGUCAAUGUAGCCGAUUUGUGGAAGUUCACUCCUUUGCAUGAAGCUGCUGCAAAAGGAAAAUACGAGAUUUGUAAGCUUCUGCUGCAGCAUGGGGCCGACCCCACAAAGAAAAACAGGGAUGGAAAUACCCCAUUAGACCUUGUUAAAGAUGGUGACACAGAUAUUCAAGAUCUCCUUAGAGGGGAUGCUGCUUUGCUGGAUGCUGCAAAAAAGGGCUGUUUGGCUCGAGUGAAGAAAUUGUGUUCCCCUGAUAACGUGAAUUGUCGUGAUACACAAGGCCGACAUUCCACUCCACUCCACUUAGCAGCUGGCUACAACAAUUUGGAGGUUGCAGAAUAUCUGUUACAACAUGGAGCUGAUGUAAAUGCACAGGACAAAGGGGGUCUAAUUCCUCUACACAAUGCAGCAUCCUAUGGGCAUGUAGAUGUAGCAGCUUUACUUAUAAAGUAUAAUGCGUGUGUAAAUGCUACGGACAAAUGGGCUUUCACACCUUUGCAUGAAGCAGCCCAGAAAGGAAGGACACAGCUUUGUGCCUUAUUGUUGGCACAUGGAGCUGAUCCUACUCUGAAAAACCAAGAAGGACAAACGCCUUUAGACCUAGUCACCGCAGAUGAUGUUAGUGCAUUAUUGGCAGCUGCCAUGCCACCUUCCGCCUUGCCAUCUUGUUACAAACCUCAGGUUAUAAAUGUAUCUCAAAAUGCAGCAUCUUCAGCAGAUUCACUUUCUUCCGUUCCAUCCAGCCCAUCUAAUCUGUCAGCUGCCAGUAGUCUCGACAAUUUGUCUGGUAGCUUUCCUGAACUCUCUGUUGUUAGUACAAACGGUGCCGAGGGGGCCACUGGUUUGGAGAAGAAGGAAGUUUCAGGUGUAGAUUUUAGCAUAAAUCAAUUUGUGAGAAAUCUUGGACUUGACCAUCUAACUGACAUAUUUGAGAGAGAGCAGAUAACAUUAGAUAUACUUGUUGAAAUGGGGCACAAAGAAUUAAAGGAAAUUGGAAUUAAUGCUUAUGGGCAUAGACACAAAAUAAUCAAGGGAGUUGAAAGACUAAUCUCAGGAAAGCAAGGUCUUAACCCCUACAUAACUUUGAAUACUUCAGGUAGUGGAACAAUCCUCAUAGAUCUCUCUGCUGACGAUAAAGAGUUUCAGUCAGUGGAAGAAGAGAUGCAGAGUACUGUCCGAGAGCACAGAGAUGGUGGACAUGCUGGUGGAGUUUUCAACAGAUACAACAUCUUAAAGAUACAAAAAGUAUGUAACAAAAAGCUCUGGGAAAGGUACACUCACAGGAGGAAAGAAGUUUCUGAAGAGAAUCAUAAUCAUGCUAAUGAAAGGAUGUUGUUCCAUGGCUCCCCUUUUGUGAAUGCAAUUAUUCAUAAAGGUUUUGAUGAGAGACAUGCUUACAUAGGUGGUAUGUUUGGAGCUGGAAUUUAUUUUGCUGAAAAUUCAUCCAAAAGCAACCAAUAUGUUUAUGGUAUUGGUGGUGGCACUGGUUGCCCAAUUCACAAAGAUAGAUCUUGUUAUGUCUGCCAUAGGCAGUUGCUAUUUUGCCGUGUUACAUUGGGCAAGUCUUUUCUACAGUUCAGUGCAAUGAAAAUGGCUCAUUCUCCUCCAGGACACCAUUCAGUUACUGGGCGGCCUAGUGUAAAUGGACUAGCUUUAGCCGAAUAUGUCAUUUACAGAGGAGAGCAGGCCUAUCCAGCAUAUUUGAUUACAUACCAGAUUAUGAAACCUGAAAUUGCCACAGAAGCUUAAAACCCAAGAUAUUUUGCAGAGAUCAAAGUGAAGAGUACGCUGAAUUGAUGAAAAAUAAUAUCCUACCCCCCACAGCAUUGUGGAAGAAAAUGUGAAUAAAAUCUAACAUUUUGACUUGGUAAAGCUUUAAUAAAUGUAUAGUAAGUUUUCUAAAAUUUCAGAAACUUCCUUUUUUCAGCACUUUAACAGAUCUCAUUCCAGGUGAUACUGGGUUUGUCUGUAUUAAAUUAUAAAACAGAUAUUAACUUGAACUAUGUUUUCUAUACGCUGUUACAGUGAAAUCUUAACAAACUGUAUUACUAUACAGGAGCUCAUUUUACUAAUACUGUGUUCUUUAAAACACUACAUUUACACAGAAUACAAUUUCAUUUGUAAAACUGUAAAUAAGAGCUUUUUCUACUAGCCUAGUAUUUAUUUACAUUGUUUUUAUAAUAUAAGUGUUUCACAACCGCAACACCUGCAAAUCUUUUUUCAAAUGUUACAUAACUCACCUGCAUUUCACUACCCAUGAGAUUUGAGGACCUCAUGUAAUUUGUCAGUCAGGAAGAAGCAUACACUUUAAGUAAGCGGAGGAAUGUGUCCCAGUAGUCAUAAGUCAUAUGCAUUCCUAAGAAAUUAGGCAGAACAUUCCAGUUCCUCCACAGGUUAACACAUCUAUUGGAGGAGGUGAGUAGACUAUUUCUGCACACAAUGCAGCCAAACCUUUAGGCACACAUUUCAUACAAAAGCAAUAUAUUUCGUAGUGAGCAAACAUUUAUAUCCCUGUUUUCUCUCUAGCAGUGAAAAGCUUAAGCAUAGAGAUGCUAUGAGAUCAAAGUUGUAUUUCUUUUUUGCAUGCAGGGCUCCAUGAGUGAAGUCCAUUAGGACUGCACUUUUCCACUCUUUGUUGUCUAUACUUAUAGUUAUACAGCUUUCUGUGAGCUCUGUUCUGCUUAUUGUAGACAAUGGUUGGGACUUCCCCAUAAAAGUCACUGGAGGCAGAAAAGGAAGUCACUGAACCCCUUAAAGGAGUGACAACUUCUUCAAGCCUUCCUUUUUCUUUAUUCUUUCAGUUCCAUCAAGGAUUACCCAAUUGCUUCAAAGACUCUUAUGUACUUUAUGUAAAUAUAAGUAAUCCAAAAUUUCAUUUGUCCAAUUUUUAAAUUAAACAUUUCAAUUGGAGCUCUUCAACAUAGGAUUAUGGCCCAGACCAUAAUUUAAUUGUGGAUCGUUAUCACAUUACAGUUUUAGAGAGAUUCCCGAGACUGCUUGAACUAUCUGGCUCAUAUGGUGACUUAAGGCUCAAGUCUUAAAACAAUUGUGUUGCACGUUAAGUCAGUGCAUGGAUAGUUAUGAAAUCAUGUGGAAAAUAUCACUUCAUGUGAUUGCUGCUGCAAGCAAUACAGAGAAUAAAAAGGGGUCUUAAUUUGUAUGUACUUUUUCAUUUCAUGUUUCCAAUUCAGUAUCUUAGCUAAAUGCUGGAAUGAGUAUUCAUGUAAAAUCCUCUUAUCAUUUUAAGCAUCGAGAUACUGGUUUCAUUGCUGAAAAUAUUUCAUUCUUUGUGAAUGAUUAUUUAAUGUGAUGUAAAUUAUUGUGGUAGUGGUAACAUUCUAAACGGUACCACAAGAUUGGUUAAAUGUUUUUUUAAUUUUGCAUGACAUAUCUUGCUUUUUCUGAAAUAAUGGUUUUGAUUGUGUUGUCAUGAAGUGAAAUUCCAGCCUUCUACGCAAUUAGUGCUUUACUCAUCUUGAAGUGUCUUACCUGUAUUGUUUGACAUUCCAUUCCAUUCAACCCUAAAUAAACUUCAUUCACAAG